AUGGGAUUCCGAAUCGUGGAUGAUUUCCCUCUUUGCCUUCCUAGCCUCAGGACGUUGCAGCUUCGUCACAUCCACUGGGGCGCCUUAGAUGCCCUUGCUUCAGCUGCUAGCUGCCCGGUUCUCGAAACUUUACUUGUGGAGUGGGAUUUGGAGUGCCAUCAUGGUGCUCAGGCAUUCCAUAUCUGUUCUAACUCACUCAAGUGCUUGACCAUAUCCACUGGUCUCUGUGUUCUUGCUAGAUCGGCUGCCCCAGCGAGAUCUGUUGCUUUCACCACCCUGCACGUCAGAGCGCCGAGCCUCGUUCACCUCAGUUUCGAAUUCGCUGGUGAAAUUGCUGAAUACAAAAUCAUCAGUAGGAGUAAUAACAAUGAUCACGGUGGAAUUGAUUUCUUUUACCCCACAGUUGGUAGCUGUCCCACCAGUGAUCGUCAGAACAUUGCCAUGAUGCCCAUUGCUGAUCUCCUGCUGCCCAAUAAAAAGUUUUUACAGCUGGAUUGCUCAAGUGGUCAUUGUGUCCGAAGGGGAGAGCUUCAAAAGUUGACUCAUUUGAUCGUCCGGCUUGGUCCCCAUGAUGAAGACUUCCCGUGUGAUUUACUUGAGCAUCUUCCUAAUUUGGUAUCACUGCAUGUAGUGGCGGAUUCUCAGGAAACUUGUUCCGGGUGGGACAAGAGCAGCAGCGGAAGAACAAGUCACAGGGCGAUGAUGAUACGGGCGCCACCAGAAGAUCACGAGAUACCAAGUUGCUUGUCGUCGGUGCUGAAGGUGGUUGAAAUCAGAGGUCUGAAUGGAUUUGAUGACGAGGUUCAGCUUGCGCUUGCAUACUUGCUGAAGAAUGGCAGGGUGUUGAGGGACUUGAAUCUCUAUUAUGGUAUGACUGCUGAUCCCAUGCUGUUGUGUAGCAGCUCCACCAUCCAGAAAAACUUGCAAAACCUCUCAUCCAACAACUGUCAAGUUACGGUUGCUGCACUUACGAUGAUAAUAUAA